GUCGCGAGCGUGGGCGCCGUGACUGAUGGCACGCGAUCGGGCACACGCACAUCAGGAUGACGCGUCGAGGCUGUGCGGUCAAUAUGUGAUUUUGUGCGCGGACAGCGGUCUAGAGAAUUAAAGAGCCCUUGCAGAAAAGUCUCUGUCAGCUCGGCAUCAUAAUGGACUCGUCCGUGGCGCUGGGGAGGCUGGAGCUCGCGUGCCCGCGCUCGGUUGUGACCCGCGGCUCGUGUUUACCGGAGGGCGCGCAGAGCUCUCACCUGAACGGCUGCGUGCCGCUCUCUCACCAGGUGGCCGGACACAAGUAUGGCGUUGAUAAAGUGGGUAUCUUGCAACAUCCUGAUGGUACGGUUCUGAAACAGCUGCAGCCUCCUCCAAGAGGACCCAGAGAGAUGCAGUUCUACAGCAUGGUGUAUGCUGAAGACAGCUGUGACCCCUGUCUGGUAGACCUCCAAGCGCACCUUCCCAAAUACUAUGGCACAUGGUCCUCCCCAGAUGCCCCGACAGACCUGUACCUUAAGCUGGAGGACGUGACGCGCAGAUUUCAGAAGCCGUGCAUCAUGGACGUGAAGAUCGGCCAGAGGAGCUACGACCCCUUCGCUUCACAGGAGAAACGCGAACAGCAGAUCAGGAAAUACCCGCUGAUGGAGGAGAUCGGCUUCUUGGUUCUGGGCAUGAGGGUGUAUAAAGUGGGCUCAGACGGUUUUGACACCUAUGACCAGCAUUAUGGAAGAGGGCUCGGGAAGGACACCAUCAUGGAAGGUCUAUCCAAGUUCUUCUACAAUGGUGAAACUCUCCGCAAAGACGCCAUCACUGCCAGCAUCCUCAAAGUCCAGAAGAUCCUACAAUGGUUCGAAGGCCAGAGUCGGUUCAACUUUUAUGCAAGCUCUCUUCUCUUCGUGUACGAGGGCGUCUGCGCGCCAAAUCCCGGAUCCCAGAGCCUUCCGGAAAGCCCGAUCAAACCUGAGACCUGCGAGCAGAACAACAACAUCUCCACCAUGUACUCCCUGCACAAGAAAAGCUGCGUCCGGAGCCACUACCAAACCAAUCAGGACAACGGCGUCUGGAGCUCCUCGCAGCAGCCCAACGGAAACUGCAGCCUGGCAAGACUGGAAGAGGAGCAAAAAGAGACCAAAAAUGAAGCAGCAGCGGACACGGUUAGUGACGUGGAGGUUAAGAUGAUCGACUUUGCACAUGUCUUCCCUAGUGACGUUCCCGACCAGGGAUACAUCUACGGCCUGAAGAACCUCCUGAAGGUCCUACAUCAGAUUCUGGAGUGAAGGUAUGGGUGGUCUUGGUUGUGUCUGUUUAUCCGCCUCUCUCUAAAUCUGCACUACCUACAGCGUCAGUGGAGUAACCUGUUUGUAAUCCAUCGUCUACAAUGUAUGUGCUUUAGUCUUUUAAAAGCUUUGUACAGUUUGUUAUGAUAUCUUACUCAGGUAAAUGAAUCUAUAGUGCUUGUACGUUUAUCCCGACUAAAGAAGAAUAUCGAAACACUCUAAUGAUAUUAUGCCUCAGAUGUUACAGAGCAGUUCCUGUUUCCAGAGCCAUUGCAGUUUUUUUAUUAUUAUUUUAUUUUGUUUUAUUUUUUUUAAAUCAGUGUAAUGGAAGAUAGGAAGUUGAUGUGUGAGGAUUUUGUCGUACGUAUAUGCUGCCAAUAUGACCCUGUCUGUUUCAGACCUGUUGAAUCGUGAAUUUUAUCUCAGUUGUUUUUUUUUAUAAAGAAAAUGUGAUUUGAGAAGAAUUAAAUCUUUGUAAAUGUGUA